CCGGUGACAAACAACUCGUGUGCGUUGCCAAUCCACUACACCUGUACUAAGCCUCAUCAUUAGUGAGUUCAGACCUUGUUUCCGCGACUAUUAACAUUUUUACUCUAAAACUAGAGCUUGUGAGAGUUAAUUUACUGAGAAGUACUUGGCCAGCUAGUAUUCUGAUUGUCGUUUGAUGUUAAAAUCAGACGCGAAAGUGUCGUGUCUCUGUGCCUCCCAGACCUGCCUAGCAAAGCGAGACAUGGCUGAGAUUAUGUUGAGUCAAGUAAAUGCCGGGUUGCCAUUGCGGCCCACCAUGGACGCUGCCUCGUUGAUCCAGCCGGACGCCACUGCGGUUGGCUCCCCUCCAGCCUCGCAGGGGAGCGAGGACUUUCUGUUUGUGGAGGCCAGGCACCCCAACACCGUCCUGCAGGGUCUCAACAGCCUGCGGCUCAACAACGCCUUCUGUGAUGUGACCCUGUGCUGUGGAGGACAGGAGUUCCCCUGCCACCGCAUUGUGCUGGCCUCUUUCAGCUCUUACUUUCAGGCAAUGUUUUCCACUGACCUGAUAGAGUCCAAGCAGGAGCGAGUUGCCAUCAAUGGAGUUGAACCUCAGAUGAUUGGCAUGCUGGUGAGCUAUGCCUACACAUCAGAGGUCUACAUUUCUAAAGCAAAUGUGCAGGCCCUGCUGGCAGCAGCCAAUCUGCUGGACGUGAUGGCUGUCAGAGAGGCCUGUUGUCGUUUUAUGGAGCAUCAGAUGGAUGAGAUGAACUGUGUGGGCAUUCACUGCUUUGCUGAGGCCCACUCUUGUAAGGUGUUGGAGAAACACAGCAUGGACUACAUCCUGGAGCACUUCAGUGUUGUUUAUCAGCAGGACGAGUUCCUGUCUCUGUGUGUGGACAAACUGACAGAAAUCCUCGCCAGCGACCAUCUCAAUGUGCCCGAAGAGGAGAUGGUGUUUGAAGCUGCCAUGCUGUGGCUAAAUAAAUGCCCCUCUCGCAAACAGAGCUUUGAAAAGGUCCUCGAGCAUAUCCGGCUGCCACUUAUCAGCCCCUACUACCUGCAUGAUGCCAUUGAGUCUCUGGAUGUGGUAAAGGAAAGCCAAGGCUGCCAGAGGCUCAUCUCUGAAGCAAAGGAUUACCUGCUACUAAAGGACCGCCGUGGAGAGCUCUAUUGUCCGAGGGCACGGCCUCGCAGGUCCACAGGGAUGGUUGAAGUGAUUGUGACAGUUGGCGGAGAGGAUGACAAGGUUGUGCUGCGCAGCGUUGAGAGCUUCGAUCCUGUGACCAACAAGUGGAAGAACCUGGCCUGCCUGCCGUUCGCUGUGAGCAAGCACGGACUGGUCGUGUCAGACUCCAAUCUGUACUUGGCUGGAGGAGAGUUUCCUGAAGGCUCUGCCAGCAGGGAGAUGUGGCGCUACGACCCCCGCUUCGACUCCUGGAUGGAGAUGGCUCCCAUGAACGUAGCUCGAUCUGAAUUAGGUCUGGUGGUCCUGGAUGGUUUUGUGUACGCAGUGGGAGGCUGGGAGGGACGUUCUCGUCUGGAUUCGGUGGAGUGCUACAACCCCCACACCAACUCCUGGCAGUUCACCAGGUCUGUCAAGAUGGCUGUCACGAGUCCUGCUGUGGUGGCUUUGGAUGGACUCCUUUAUGUGACCGGUGGUGCAGUUCUAGAGGAUGGAGAUGGCACAGAACUUGCCCAGGUGUACAACCCUAAAACCUCUGUAUGGACUGAGAUUGCUCCGAUGAAUAUCCCUCGCUCUGGUUCAGCUGCUUGUACACUCAAAGGGAAGCUCUAUGUUAUAGGCGGAUGGCAUGCCUCGACAGAGAACACUGAUAAGGUGGAGUGUUAUGAUCCCAAGGCCAACAAGUGGACUAUGUGCGCCCCCAUGAAAGAACGACGGUACCGACCUGGCGUUGCAGUGGUGGAUGGAAAGAUCUAUGUUUUGGGAGGAGAAGAAGGCUGGGACAGAUAUCAUGACACUAUUGAGAGGUACUGUGAUGAGACAGACAUCUGGGAGAUUGUCGGGGAGAUGCCCACCAGUCGCAGCUGGCUCAGCUGUGUGUCUCUGCAGCUGAGGAAGGACAUCCUCGCGAGCAGCUGUCCUGGGAUAACAAAUGACAACUGAAGCAGGAAGUCUGGCCCGAUUGUUUAUUGCACCUUCACUGGGGACUGUGCACUUCAAACCUGGGGAGAGAAGUGAUGCCUGAAGUUGGCACAGCACUGGGAGAGCUGUUACUGAUGGCAAGAAGUAGUCAGGUGUUUGUUUGUUUUUAAUCAGCAACUGCUUGUUUAAUGAGUGUCUCUCGCUUGAGUCUCUGCUUUGGCGUGGUGACAAAGGAAAUGUGGUCAGUGUGCAUGACCUCAUGUAACUGAUUGAUGACUCAGGCAGCAGUCUGAACUUGCUCUCUAUGAUGUUUAAAGUGUUGUUUUUAUGUCUGAGCACCUCAAAUCUGUGAAGCUUUUCCCACCCAACAUAGUGUAUUUUUGUAAUGAUAUGUGAUGUAUUUAUUGGGUUGUGCCUAGCUGUGAGAAUGAAAUCUUUAAAAGAAAACAUACAUUUCACUGUAUCAAAAGAUGCUUCAUGGGCCAAAGACACUAUCCAUGUCAUCAAACUACCUGUGAAAAAGACAUUUUUGUAUUUUAAUUUUGUACAUUUUUCAAUGAUUGUCUUGACUACCUGUGAUACUGUGAUAUGUUGAAUAUAUUGUUAUAAUGUAGUGUAAUGCAUUUUAGUGACUUUAAAUGGAGUUGGGUUCUAAUAAAGAUGUUUAAUUCCUUA